GCGGCGGCAUGGCGGCGGGUGGCGCGGAGCGGUACUUCACGCGCUGGUACAAGCCAGACGUGAAGGGGCGGCCGUGCGAGGACUUCUGCGUGCUGCAGCACUCCAACAGAAUCUGUGUCAUCACCUUGGCAGAAGCCCAUCCUCUUCUUCAAAGUGGAAAAACAAUUAAAAGCAUUAAUUACCAAAUCAGCGCCAACUGUAGCAGACUCCAGAAUAAGGUCUCUGGGAAGUCAAAAAGGGGAGCUCAGUUUUUAACAGAGCUUGCCCCUCUGUGCAGGAUAUCUUCAUCAGAUGGAGAGGAAUACACUGUUUAUAGCUGUAUCCGAGGGCGACUGAUAGAAGUGAAUGAAAAUAUUCUGAAUAAUCCAUCUCUUCUGCAAGAAAAGCCAUCAACUGAGGGAUACAUCGCAGUGGUUCUACCCAAAUUUGAAGAAAGCAAGAGCAUAACUCAGGGGCUUCUGACACAGAAGGAGUACGAGGAAGUCCUGUUGAAACGUCUUCAUUCUUCUGCGUGAAAGUAAUGACACCAUUCACAUUUGUUUGAUACUAAAUAAGCUCCUUUUAUUGUACACAGGAACUUUCAUGGUAUUCCAAGGCCUGGCACCUGUUUUUAAAAGUGGAACUUAAAACACUUGAUUUGUACAAGAAUAAACCAGUUCAAACGGUC